AUGAACCCCAAUCAACUGCUGCUGACAGAGAAGCGUAAACGCGGCCGUCCGAAAGGGUCAAAGAAUGGAUCCAAUGCUGGCACUGUGGGCCGUCCAGUCGGACGCCCAAGGAAGGAUGGAAAUCUACGAGCAUCCAAGCCAGACAAACCAGCACCUUCACAAUCUACCUCUGCGGAGGUGGGAGGUACCAAUUGUGACACUGGGCAGCCACUGGCAGUGGAACUAUGUGCUCACGAGCCAAGCUUGAGCACAAACCCCACACCAUCUGGAUGCCAGUCACGCACAGACUUGGAUCAGCGCUCAGGUGCGCCAACCAGCGGGAAUGUCACAGUUGAUCUUCUUGAUGGAGAGUCAGACCUCGAGCCAGUGCAAGUUGCUCCACGACUGAGCACUGCUUCUGUGUCAGGUGAUGCAUGCAAUCUUCAGAGCAGUGCGACAGACAACUCAGUUCAUGCCACACACUGCAAAAAAUCAACCAAUGAUCCACCGAAGCAAUUGGACGACUGCAACUACAAGGAUGAGGAUGACGAGGAUAAUGUAUUUUUCGGGGCAGAUGUGGAACUUGAGUAUAUGACUGAUGAAUUUGCUGCCAUUGGUGAUGACGACGAAGCUGUUAUUCAAGAUGUGCACAUUCCAACCCCAUCAGCACCUCAUUCACCAUCACCGGAACACACUUCCUCAGCCAAUGGUAUGAAGACCAAGGUACCACGUGCCACCAUGCCAACAUGGCUCGCCGAUGAAUAUGCAGAUGCCUGCACUCAUCUCGAUUCUGAAAUUGCGAAGAUUGGGAGACCGGUGUGCUAUGAGAGUGGGCAGUUCACAAUGACUGCACCUCCACUGGUGUUUUCCCGUGUUGUCCCUUUUGAGAUCGAGCCCUUGGACUUCUACCGGCCACAUUUUUUCAUAUGGCUGCCCCACCUCUUCCAGCACAUCCCUUGUCCAAACUGUAAGGAUAUGAACCGACGAUCCAAGAGGGGGCAGCCAGUCAUACUUUGUGUUCUUGGCUGGCCACAGCAGCCACGGCGCAUUGUCGAUCUUGAGCACUUGGUGUUCAUUAUUGGACACCGGUAUUAUUGUGGGCACGAGGAGUGCAAGAAGACAUUCCAGAGUUGGUCGCCUGCAAUCUUGCAAGCCAUACCACUGCCACUAGCAGCCCUCUUCCCAUUCCACCUAACAUAUCGAUGUGGUUUGACGGACCGCUUGCAACUGCAUGUCCAAUACCUAGAGACUGUCCGACUGCGCAUGCAAGCAAGUGCAUCUGGGCUCCUGCCACCACAUCGACCCUUUCCACGCUGGAAUGACCCUAGUGGCUAUGCUGGCUAUGUCCCUACACACCGCUUCUUUCGUUGUUUCUAUAACUCACUCACUGAACGGCACGCUUCAGAGAUGGACCAACAUAUGGCCAUGCAGUCUGCUGAAGCCCUCAGCCAUGACCACAGCUUCAAGGUGACGGGCAUUCUCGGCAAAGUCAAUGGUGUGGCAACAUUUGGUGCCCUCCAUACUGCAUGCAAUGAGUAUGGUGAGUGUCGCAAGAUGACACUAACACCGACGAAGGGACAUGACGACUGCAUGCCUGCCCUCGCUGAGAUUCCUGUAACACUUGCAAAAUAUGGUCAUGCGCCCGUCAAGGUUUUGUUCACAGACAAUGUCUGUGGUGAUAAGUCAGCCCUUGAGAAAGUGUUCCCUAGUCUUCUCUAUGAUGUAAACCCUGUACCGAGCUCUGGAUUGGAGGACUUAGUAGUACCUGAUGGUUGGCAUCUACGAGUUGAUGCAGAAAAGGAGCUGCAUGUUGCAUUCGACCUGGAGUGGCCAGUAGACCGAGAGAUGGGAAUCUAUGGCAGAGUUUCCCUUAUAUCCUUGGCAUAUGAUAAGGCCAUCUACCUUAUCCCGAUAAGUCAAUAUUUGCAAGACAAUGGCUUUCUGAAGCUGCCAUCAUCUCUUUUGGUAGUCUUGCGCUCGAAACGAGUCCGCAAAACUGGUGUCCAUGUCAAAGCAGACUUAACUCGCUUAUACAAGGACUGUGGCUUCGCUGAUUCCAAUGAACAGCCAUUUGUUGGUGCUCUUGAACUUGGGUCGAUGGCCAAGGAUCGAAAUGUAACAGACCAUGCACAUGUCAGCCUCACAGACUUAACAGCGCUGGUACUUCGCCGAAAUCUGCCAAAGGACAUGUCUAUUCGUGUCAGCACAAGGUGGGAUGAUCCCGUGCUAUCACCAGAGCAAGAGAAAUAUGCUGCAUUGGAUGUUUAUGCAGCUUCGGCUAUUUUUGAGUCUUUCCUUCUUGUGGUCCGGCUCAUGUCACGAAAUGGAGGACUUGCAGUGGCAUAUGGCCAUAUAGCUCGUCAUCAGCCAAGACAGCUGAAUGGCGUAAAUGUAUCAAAAACUCGUGUCGUCAUCACUGUGACAUCUGUCCUUGUCCCUGCCUACCUUGUUCGAGCAGAGCUGCGACCUGACCGUCAAGAAACCCCAAUUUCAAGUCUUGCUGCACAGUCACCCUUCCCGCUGCUGUGCUAUCAAAGGGAUCUCCGAACAUGCCCUGGGACCAGCAAGAUGAAACCAAAGAACAAUGCUGCAAUACCUGCGUCACCGCCAUAUGAGCCUCAUGAUUCACCUUAUCUUCCGGUUGAUGAAAUUGAGGAGCCUACAUCUGAUGUCAGUGAAUUGUUAUCGCACAAUGGAGAUUCUGGCAUCCCUGAACAGCUGGCCAGUGAUGCAGAAAAGGACCUGCAUGGGCUCUCUCAGAUUGAAUCACUUGCAGAACUUGUUUCUCGUAAUGUCUCCAUCGAGAACAGUGAAGUAUGCUCUUGGGUUCUUGGGGAUAUCUGGCACCUCAUGGACCAGUUUAAAAUUUCCAUUCACCAUGGUCUCCGCCGUCCUUUCAGCUGUGCCCUUCGAGAUGCCAUAUUCUUACCGGACCCUGAAGAUCUUGCUGCUGUCGAGGAAGUGCUGGUGAAGAAGAACACGUGUUUUCGUCAGAUGGUCCUCACUAACUCAGACUGGGUGUGGCAGCGCAUCAAACGGCUGGUUCCACCUCCAGAGAUAUUAGCACCUCGUGUUGCUGAGGUACUGCAGACCUAUGGCCCACUGAAGGAUGCUGUGACUGGCCAGCCUCUUUUCAAUGACGCAUCAUGGGAGAAAGCUUGUCUAUACUCAGAUCCCCCAGGUCACCAUUUCUACACACUGCAGAGAACGGACAAGCUCGGUCUCAACAUCUAUUGGUGCUCACGUGGAACCAAUAACGUCAAGGGUGGCAUCCAUCAGAACAUCAUCCGACGGUUUGGUAGGGAGGCCAACUUGAACUCACCUGGACCUUUGACUCCCACUCCUCCUGAAGAUAGUGGCACUGAAGUUCAAGUGCCAGCGACGCUGACCAAUGCCCCACUUGGUGCUUCUUGCCUAACACUUGUAAACACUGCCCACACGGACUUUGUGUGA